CAUCAUCUGUAUCUAUAUCUAUAUCUAUACACACACAUAUAUAUAUAUACAUAUCCAACCCCCCCUCCCCCACCCACCCCAUCUUUCAGAUUCCUUGCUACAGGGCUUCCAUAGGAUUGGAUUGGGAAGCCUUUAUUUGUUGUGUUUUCUAGCAGUGCCUCACUUCCCAAUAUGCAUAAAAUUCUCUCCAAUCCAUUUAAUACUAAUAAUAAAAUAAAUUGUAUUGUACAUCAGAUGCUCCAGAUAACCCUAAUCAUAAUCUGCUGUAUUUAUUCCUUUGGAUGUUUGUGGGCAUCUCAUCUCAGCCAACUUGUGCUCCAUUAAUUCUAAAACCAUAUAUACUUUCAGAUGCACAGAAAAAAGAAGGGCUGGCUCUCUGAUUGAAUCCUAACAUCUAAAGACAACUUAGUGUGGAGGAAUUCUUGGUCUGAACGAGUGUAAGAAAAGGGCAGUCGUUUUCGAGUUUUUUGAAGAUGUUGGGAGGGCAAGAUCAGCUGGAAAUCAAGUUUAGAUUGACCGAUGGAUCCGAUAUCGGCCCAAGAAACUUCCCUGCUGCUACUAGUGUGGCUACCUUGAAGGAGAAUAUCAUAGCUCAGUGGCCUAAAGCAGAGAAAGAAAAUGGUCCGCGAACAGUUAAGGACAUCAAGUUAAUCAGUGCAGGAAGAAUACUAGAGAACAAUAGGACUGUCGGGGAAUGUAGGAGCCCGUUAGGUGAUGUUCCGGGAGUUACAACUAUGCAUGUUGUUGUUCAACCACCUACGGAAAAGGAAAUAAAAUUGGCAAGUGAUCCUAAGCAGAACAAAUGCUUAUGUACCAUACUAUAAGAGACACGA